CCGGGGCGAUUUGCAAUCGACGUCCGGCAGCUGUCGCGUCAUCCGGGUAUUUCGAUACGCAGGCAUUUCAAUAUCGCUCGCUGUCGGCUCGUCUCUCCGUCCUGGAAGAUCUGUUCGGGAGUACGCGAACAGAAUCGAGGCCAAUACAACUUGGCCAAAAAGUGGUUCAAACACCGAACCGUUGCGGGCUUAACCCAAUCGGCCACUUUGAUGACCGAUCACAGCUUCAUGCGUCGUCAAGCCUCUUCCUUUGAAGCGGGGAAAUGCGACCCCCAUGAGUUCCACGGAGUUAUCGAAGGAGAAGAGGCAUUCGGCCCCGAGACAAACAGACGGCUGCUGUCUUCCGGCUCAGUUAAUUUCCACCGUCACUAA